GGGCGGGGCUUUGCACUUGGGCAAACUUGAAACAGUGAGGACACAGCCCUGCAGAGAAGGGAUCAAAUCUGCCGCAGGCAGUCCUGCCUUUCUUUCCUGUCCAGCUGAAAUCAUUCGAACACUGGUGUUCCACUACUGGCAAGAAAACACGGUCCACCUGAUAGCAAGAACAGCAAUGGAUCAACAGGAAUGCAGUCAUUCUGAACCAUGUAUGAAGAGCCAACGUGCCAGAGGAUCAGAGCUGAGAAUCAUGCUGGUGGGCAAAACAGGAACCGGCAAAAGUGCUACAGGGAACAGCAUCCUCAGGAUGCAAGCAUUUGAAUCGCGGCUGAGUGCCCAGUCCAUCACUAAGACUUGCAGUAAACAUCAGGGAAGCUGGGGAGGGAGGGAGAUGGUCAUUAUUGACACACCGGAUAUGUUUUCUGGGAAGGACCACUCUGAUUCCUUGUACAAAGAGGUGUGGAGAUGCUACUUACUCUCUGCACCAGGACCCCAUGUGCUGCUCCUGGUGGCCCAGCUGGGCCGAUUCACUGACCAGGACCAGCAGGCUGUGCAGAGGGUGAAGGAGAUCUUUGGAGAAGAUGCCAUGAGACACACAAUUGUCCUCUUCACCCACAAGGAAGACCUGGAGGGAGAAUCCGUGACAGAUUACAUCCGUGACACAGAUAAUAAAGCCCUGUGCAAGGUGGUGGCAGCAUGUGGGGGCAGAGUGUGUGCCUUUAACAACUGUGCUACAGGGAGUGAGCGGGAUGGCCAAGUGAGGGAGCUAAUGGAUGUGAUUGAGGACCUGGUGUUGGAGAAAAGGGGUGACCCCUACACCAAUGGGCUCUACAGCCUAGUAACAGCGUCAGAAUGUGGACCUGUGUGGUCAGAGGAAAGGUUCAAGGAUUUCAAAAGAGAUCUUGUGAAGUACGUGCAAAUUCAGAGACGUUACUCAGCUGAAGCAAAUGGCCUGAAACAAGGCCUAAUCAAAACAUUCGUCUUUAUUUUAUUUUGUAUUCAUUUGUUCGCCAAAUUCCCAGUUCUGUUAUUGUGUCCAUUGUACAGAGUGUGCAACUUGUUUUACUGCUUUCUCGUUAGAAUGUGCAGUUUGUUCUAUAGAUUGCUGUUCAUUAUAGCUGGAAUAUUGAUGACAAUUUUGAGAAAGAUCACUGGGCUGGAAUGCAUAACUCGUAGCAUAUAGUUACAGGUCAGCAAUUAUUUACUCACUGCCAUAUAUGGGGUGAAUCCAAGUGCUUCCCCUGUAAAAUGCAGUGCCUGACAUCAGUAAAUGUUUGAGAUUCUGU